GAAGUGGCCGGAAGGAGCGUGACGGAGUAACUGGGAGGAACUGGUGCGGGGCAAGAUGGCGGCGGCGGCGUGGGGAGGAGCGCGCUUCCUGUGGGGGCGGCUCCGGCAGGGGUCAGGGACUCUUCUUAGCAGUUAUGCAGUUAGAGUUGCACCGAAACAGUAUCUUCUUCAGAACAAGAACUUGAUGUGGAUCCAGUUCUCACUAGGCACUGAUUUGCACACUGUUGUUCCGAGUAAAGCCAACAUGCCUUUGGUAUCCAUUUCAGAUGAACCAGACACAUUAUACAGGAGAUUGUCAGUUUUAGUUAAAGGCCAUGACAGAGCUGUGUUGGACAGUUAUGAAUACUUUGCAGUGCUUGCUGCUGAAGAACUUGGACUCUCUAUUGAAAAAGUGUACGAACCUCCUAGGAAGAUAGAACGAAUGACUCUUCUAAAAUCAGUACACAUUUACAAGAAGCAUAGAGUUCAGUAUGAAAUGAGGACACAUUACAGAUGUAUAGAACUAAAACACUUAACUGGCAGUACAGCUAAUGUUUACUUGGAAUACAUCCAACGAAACUUACCUGAAGGGGUUGCCAUGGAAGUAAAAAAGACCAAAAUAGAAAAGCUACCUGAACAUAUUCAGAAAUCAUUAUGGGACACACUGCCUCCAGUAGAAGAAACUGUAAAUGAGUCAUGAAUUCUUCAUAUAUACUGCAGCUCUUCCAAGUCCCUGUUGGUAUGGGAAGGUCAAUUAUUUUUUUUUAUCUAAACAUUAAUAUUUCAUAGGACUGCAAAUCCUGUCUUGAUUUACAAACAGAAUAUAAAACCAUGAUGAAGAUAGAGAUGUCCAUGUCAGCCCUUCUGAAAUUAUUUUGGAUCCUAGCUCCAGGAACAUGUUUUUGACCAACAGCUUAUUAUGUGUUGUCUUGUUCUCUUAAGUUAAUCAAAGUUUUGUAUAUUAAAAAACAAAAGACUU